AUGAUCGAUGAUGAACCUAUAGUUACUAGGUCCUAUCCCAUUCCAUAUGCAUAUAGAGCGAAAAUAGAAGAAAAGUUAAAUGAAAUGGAACAAGCUGGUAUCAUCACAAGGACAUCAACGCCUUAUAGUAGUCCAUUGACAUUCACUCUUAAAAAAGACGGCUCAAUUAGAGUUUUACUUGAUGCCAGAAGCAUAAAUAAGAAAAUGGUUGCAGAAACAGAGAAACCACCUAUACAAUUAGAUGUUUUGAAUUCAUUUCACGGAGCGAAUUAUAUCACUACCAUUGACUUAAAUAAUGCAUAUUUUCAAAUUCCGAUAAAUAAAGAUGGUAGAAAAUAUACUGGAUUCACAUUCAAUGGAAAGUCAUAUGUAUAUAAUGUUUUGCCGCAAGGAUUAAAAACAUCAGUAGGAAGCUUUAGCAGAGCCAUGAAUUUAAUAUUAGGACCAGAAGUCCAAGAAUUUUGUGUGAACUAUCUAGCCAUUAUUACAACAGGAACGUUAGAUAAACAUUUGGAGCACAUUGAUAUUGUUUUAAGUAAAUUGAACAAAGCUGGCUUAACGUGUAACUUGCAGAAAUGUGAAUUUAUUUGUAAAGAAAUUAAAAUGCUGGGUUUUAUAAUUUCAACAGAAGGCAUAAAGACAGAUUCCGAUAAGAUUCGAGCGAUUCAAGAGUUUCCAGCACCUAAAAAGAUUAAAAAAUUAAGGGCCUUUUUAGGUCUAUGCAAUUUUUAUAGAAGGUUUAUACCAAAUUACAGCGAGAGCAUAAUACCGCUCUGUGAAUUACUUAAAAAGGGACGAAAGUUUCAAUGGAGCGGUAAAGAACAGAAGGCAUUUGAUUUUAUAAAACAACAAUUUAUUAAUACAAUACAAUUGCAUCAUCCAGACUUUAAUAAGCCGUAUUAUUUACAAACAGAUUGUUCCGGUGUGGUUAUGGCCGGAGUACUAUAUCAGAUAGAUGAUAAUAAUGAAAUGAGAAUUUUAGGCUAUCAUAGUAAAGCCUUAAAAGGCCCCGAAUUAAAUUGGUCUGUUACUGAACAAGAGUUUUAUGCUGUAAUAAGCUGCCUAAAGAAAUUUGAAACAUAUUUGAGGGGCAGUAAAGUAAUAAUACUAACUGAUCAUAAAGCAUUAUUGUUUAUUAAUAAUAUGAAGUUAUUCAAUGGUAGAGUAACCCGAUGGAUUUUGUAUAUAGAACAAUUUAAUUAUGAAGUACAGCAUAUAUCGGGUAGACGUAAUAUUGUUGCAGAUGUGCUAUCACGUUAUCCUCCUGAUGGCGAUUUAAUACAAGAGGAUAAAAAUAAUAGUUUAGAAAUUGCUUACACAGAGAGCGAACUGAAUAUUGAGUUGAUAGAAAAAUUAAAAUCCUUAUCAGUAUAUCAAUUACAAGAUUCAGAGUCGUAG